AUGGAGUACUAUCAGGCCUAUAAUGGUAGGGAAAAGGUUUAUGAGACGAUUUAUGGAGACGAUGUGAAGUCCUACUCGCACUUGGUAUGGAUUUUUCCCACUUGUUGUGGCACUAGUCGAUUUGGAGAAUGUCAACAACAGGGAGUGGGUAUUCCACUUGUCUAUCCAGAUUCGUUCCACAACUUCUGCUACUAUCAUUUGACGACUAAUUUGCCCAUCACUGGAUCAGAUCCUAGGUACACGCUUGUGAUGGACCUUUUCCAAGAGGCGACAUACGCACUCUCACUUGAAAACCAUGCCAAGGCCAUACAGAAAAUUAGAGACUUGAACUGCGAUUGGGUGGCUGAUUACAUCGAGACCAUCCCACCUGAAGCAUAUGCGAAUGCCUAUUUCAAAGGUUGUCGGUAUGGACGAACAUCUAGUACUCUAGCAGAAUCACUGAAUAGUUGGCUUGUGGUUCACAAGAAGAUGCUUGCAUCUGCUCUUCUUGAUCAGAUUAGGAAGAAAAUAAUGUGCUUAAUGGCACAGCGUCGUGAAAUUGGCGCUAAUAUGAUGACUCCAUUAACCCCCGAGUACGAGGAAAAUCUUGCGCCUCUUCAAGAUGAAGGUUUGUCUUGGAUGUGGUGUGUAUACGGUUUCCCUUGUGCUCAUACUCUUGCAGCCAUACGGAAGAUUAAACGUGAGGCUAUUGAUUUCAUUUCACCUUAUUUUACGAGCGACUAUUUUAGGAAGACUUAUCUCCAUUGCAUCCAACCAAUUCCCAACUACAACAGGCCUGUUGAAAUUAAAGAAGGUGACACCAUCAACCCUCCUAUCAUAAAGAAGCAACCGGGUAGACCCCCAGGAAAAAGGAUUCUAAGUAAAGGUGAGAAGAAGCCUGCUUAUGUAGAAAUCAAGGAAUUCUGA